AUGGGGACGUGGACUCAGGGGUCGGGCUUGUCCAGCAGCACCCACCGCUCUUCCUGGUGUGAUUGUGCUGCCCCUGCCCAGGCUGUGAACUGCAGCAUUGCCUCCUGCCCCGGGCCCCACAGGCCGGGGAAGAACAAGAGCACGGAAUUGGGAGACAACUUUGGUACCAAAAAGGGUAGGGAGGGACGGCGGGGAGAAGACGGCGCACUCCGCGCCCUGGCCUGGGCGGUGACUGCACCACGGUCGGCAGAGCCGGGAGUGAAGGGGGACCCCUCCUUCCCCGGCGCGGAUGUGGGCGGGGCGGGUCCCCGGCACGCGUGCGCCCUCACACGGGCGCGGUCAGGCACCUUCGCCCGCACGCGCACGCACACGCACACGCACACGCGCACGCCUCUGGACCAGGGUGAGGGCUCCGAUUCCCCUGGCACGCGUCUGGGCAGCGCCCAGCUCACAGGGAGCGCCCGUGCCUCCUCCAGACAGGGUGGCCUCAGGCCAGCUGGACGUGGUUACACGGGCAGGGUCUCAGACGCCUCCCUGGCCGAGGCCCAGACCGCGGGCUCGCGUGGUGCCCAGGGGGUGUGCAAACUCGCCUGA